AUGACGUUUGGUGAUUUCCAGCAAAUCUGCGAGAAAACCCCAUUACCCCUGUGCACGUUGGUCAAACCGUUGCACAGUUCCACAAACACACCUUUCGAUAGGAUUCUCACCAAGUGCUAUGCGAGGUCUGUCAAUCUUGCCAACACAUUGAUCUUUGAGAUCGGAACCUCGUUCAUAAAUAUCGGGAACCUCAUUAUUCUUUUGAUGAUCAUCUACCUUGUCCGGCUUCGAUAUACCUCGGUUGCCCGGAAAGAGAUGAUCUUCUUUUUCUGGACCCUCAUCACACACACCAUCUCUUCGUUGGUAAUCGACACAGGAGUUUCCCCACCAGGCUCGAGAACAUAUGCCUACUUUGUCAGCUUUGAGAUCGCCAAUAUGGCUGUUGUUUGCUGGUCGUUGCUUUUCGCCGGCCUAUCAAGCUUCAACUUCUGGGACGACGGAUCGUUCAAAACCAUGAUAUCUCUCUACGUGAGUUCUUCGUUUGUGUUUAUUGUCAACUAUAUGGUCGCGAUCUUUACAUUCAAGGGAUGGUCCCCAAGCCUCAACAACUCCAACACCACAGUGUUGUUUGUCUUCUAUUUUGUUUUGAACCCGGUGAUGUUGGGCACGUGGUUGAUUUCACAGAUCGUCAUAUGCUGCUUUUCAUUGGUGUUCAACUGGUGGGCAAUUGGAGCCUUGUCGCUGACUUGCUUCUUUUUUGCAGCUUCCCAGGUGCUACUGUUUGCUUUCAGCGAGGUGAUUUGUCUAAACUUGAAACACUAUGUAGACGGUACCAUUUUCAGCUCUCUUUCCAUGAUGUUCUGCUAUAUGAUGAUCUACAAAUACUGGGACAUCAUUACUUUUGAUGAUGAUGAGUACUAUAGGUUCACGGAAAUGGUUCCAGCCGUUGCAAAUAAACAUGAGGCACGCUUGUUGUUGCAGAAUUAG